AUGGUGGCUGAAGUUUUUUCAAAGCCGGCUGCCUCCGAUAUGAAGAAGCCCCUUGCCCUCAGGAGCAAGAUGGGCAAAUGGUGCUGCCACUCCUUCCCCUGCUGCAAGGGGAGCAAGAGCAAUGUGGGCACUUGGGCAGACUAUGACGACAGUGCCUUCGAGGAGCCAAGGUACCAGGUCCGUCGAGAAGACCUGGGCAAGCUCCACAGAGCCGCCUGGUGGGGUAAAGUCCCCAGAGCCGAUCUCAUCGUCAUGCUCAGGAGCACUGAUGUGAACCAGACGGACAAGGAAAAGAGAACUGCUCUCCAUUUGGCCUCUGCCAAUGGGAAUUCAGAAAUAGUAAAACUCCUGCUGGACAGAAGAUGUGCACUUCAUGCCUUUGACAGCAAAAAGAGGACAGCUCUAAUAAAGUGUGGCCUCACACCACUUUCACUUGCUGUAUAUGGACAGAAAGAGAAAAUGAUGAAAUUUUUAAUCAAGAAAAAAGCUAAUUUAAAAGGAAUUGAUAAAUUUGGAAGAAUUUGCCAAUUACUUUCUGACUACAAAGAAAAACAGAUGUCAAAAAAGUUUCCUGAAAACAGCAAUGCAGGGACUGAUACUCUCUAUGGCCUAUGUGACUCACAGCUGCCAGAAAAGAAAGAGAGCAAGGAACCUAUUAAAGAAGCACAGCAAAUUCAGUCCUAG